UUUCUCCUGCCUGUGAUGGCAGCCUCGGUCACUGCCAUGGGCGGCCCAGAAGCAUUCUUCGGCUAUGAACCUGAACCAGAGACUGAGUCGUCCUACACCUCUAUCUCUUCCUUCGCCAGGGCGUACAAGCCCCCGACAUACUUCAAGCCACUCGCUUCAGUAAAGCCAGUCCCGUCGCUUAAUCUUGCUCUACCAACCCAGCCAGUGCCUUUAACUAAGCCAUUUCUGCCACCCCAAGAGGUCUUGCCCUUCCAGCCGGCGCCAUUAACCAAGCCAGCUCUAUCACUCCAGCCUACUCUUGGAGUCAAGUCAGUCCCAGCAAGCCAGAUAUUAGUAUCAAAUAAGCCAGCUCCAUCAUUCAAGCCAGCCCUGUUCUAUAAAGUUCCCACCAAGAGGUAUAACUUCGACUGGGCCGUCAAAGAUGACCUCGCCGAGAACGACUUCGCUCACGAGGAGUCUCGAGACGGCGACCACACCCGCGGGUCGUACUCCGUGCUUCUCCCCGACGGCCGGGUACAGACCGUGACUUAUUACGUGAAUGGUGACUCCGGCUACGUGGCCGAGGUCACGUACGAAGGCUCGGCCCAGUUCCCUAGCCCCAAGCCUGCAUACAGACGCGUCCCAGCCUACGGUUAAACAAGACCGCUUUACAAUCAACGAAAUAAAUCAUCGAAAUACGGAAUAAAUUUGCACAAUAACAGAAAUUGCGGAUAAUAUUAUUUGCCUUAAUAUAUAAGCAUGAAUAAGUAUAUAGGGGUAUCACUGGUGGUGCAAUUGUGGGGUCCCAUAGUCUUCGAGAAGAAAAUUAAAGGUAUUCAGGGAGGACCUUGCAGAUUCUCCUGAACUCUAAAUAUCUCUUUAUUAUCUCACAAUAACUUACUUAAUAAUAGUAAGAAGUAAAAAUAUAAAGAAUUGCAAAUAUAUGAAGAAAAUUCCUUUCAAAAACUUUCCAAAUGCAGAUACACGCUAAAAUAAAAAUAAAAA